AAUGAAAAUAAUAAACUUACCUUUGAAAAUUUCAGAAAUAAAGUACGUUCAGGAUUAUGAGUGCUAAUUAGAAAUAAAAAAAGAAAUAAGCUUAGGCUAAAUGCGUCAUUAUAUGAAAAAUUAAUUGAUUUAGAAUACUAUAGGAACUAUUAUAUAUGCUCUCAAUUUGAAUUCUAAAAUUAUAGUCUCAAAACAAAACCAAGCUAUCAAUAAAAUCAAAGAAAAAUAAUCUUUUAAAUAUUAAUGAAC